CGGGCCGCGCCGGCCAUGGCGCGGGCGGGCGCGCGGGGCCGGGCAGGGCGGCGCGGGCGGUGCCGGCGGGGCGCGCUCCUCGCCUUCGCCGCCUGGGCCGUGGGCUGGGUGCUGGCGGCCGCGCUCCUGCUCCGCGCGCACCCGGGCGUCCUCUCCGAGCGCUGCACCGACGAGGAGAGCCGGCGCAUCCUGGCCGCGCUGUGCCAGGACUACCGGGGCGGCGCACUCUCUGGAGACCUCUGCGAGGACCUGUGUGUGGCUGGGAAGCUGCUGUAUCGCCGCUGCCUGUACUACCACAGGGGCAAGAAGGUGCUUCAAGUCGACUGGGGCGGCCGGCCUGUGGUCCUCAAGUCCGAGCAGGAGGCCUUCUCCAGCUUCCCACCCCUUGGCUUGUUGGAAGAGGAGGUGGAGGAGGGAGGCCAGGACAUUUCUGAGGCAGAACUCCUCCUGAUGGUGGCCGGAGAGGUCAAGAGUGCCCUGGGCCUGGAGCUGUCAAACAGCAGCCUGGGGCCGCUGUGGCUGGGCGGGCGGGGCCCCCGCUGGGGGGGGGAGCUGGCCAGCCUGUGGGCCCUGCUGCAGCAGGAGGAGUACGUGUACUUCAGCCUGCUGCAGGACCUGAGCCACCACGUCCUGCCCGUGCUGGGCUCCUGCGGCCACUUCUACGCGGUGGAGUUCCUGGCUGCAGGCAGCCCCCACCACAAGGCCCUCUUCCCCCUGGAUGAGACCGUAGGUCCCUCUGGGGAUGGCCCGGGCCAGGUCAGGGCCAUCAGCGACAUCGCUCUCAGCUUCUUGGACAUGGUGAAGCACUUCGACAGCGAUUUCUCCCACCGCCUCCACCUCUGUGACGUCAAGCCUGAAAACUUUGCCAUCAGGAGUGACCUCACGGUGGUGGCUAUUGAUGUGGACAUGGCCUUUUUUGAGCCUAAAAUGAGGGAAAUUCUGGAGCAAAAUUGCACGGGAGAUGAAGAUUGCAAUUUCUUUGACUGCUUUUCCAAGUGUGAUUUGCGAGUCAACAGAUGUGGUGCGCAACGCGUCAACAGCAACCUGCAAGUCAUCUGUGACAAAAUAUUCCGCCAUUGGUUCUCCUCACCUCUGGAGAGCUCUGCCAUCUCCUUCCAGCUUCAGCUGAAGUUACAGGAGGCAGUGCAGGAGUGCGCAGAUCUAGGUGGCCCCGCCAGGGACUCCUGGAGAGCAACCCCCAGUGUGUUCUGGAAGCUUCGCCGGCUCCUUCAGGCCACACGGAGGGAACUGCAGGAGGUGAAGCGGUAG